AUGGUGAAAGACGACUUGAUCAUUACUGUGGCAGUGGCCUUCUCCAUAUCCGCCGCAGGGCCUUUUUUCAUGUUCUUCAAGAUCGGAUAUAUCAGCAUCCAACACGAGAAUGGGCCAACAUAUAACGAAAGCCGAGGGCGCCUUUUCGCCUACAUCGUCGAUAUCCUCUACCCACCUUCCGCAUCCCUCGCUAAAUCAUCCAUCCUCUUCUUCCUCCUUGGACAGCAAUCCUCCUCCAUGCCCAUCUUCCGAAUCCCGUGCCACGCUGUGAAUGUCAUCAUCCUGCUUGCCAUGGUGACCAUACUCUUUACGACCAUGUUCCAGUGUCUUCCUAUCCGGAGAGCCUGGCAAGACUUGGAAGACGGAGGAGAGAAGUGCGUCGAUCGCUCCCUUUUAAGAGUCGCCAGGACCUUCUGGGCUAUAAAUGGCUUCUCAGGUUCACCGGGCCAAGCUCCCCCCCUCGUCUGGAUAACAACUCCGAUCGAGGCAAGCCUCAUCAUCAUCGCUGCAUGCGUACCAACCCUCGGUCCUCUCUUCCGCCGUCGGUUCCCUCCUCCCUCCCCACAACCCGAAGAGCCGGCAUCUCAUUCGGACUCAAACCAAGAUCUAUCCCACGGCAGCAUCGUUAUCAGUCACAUUCCCAAGGACCACUCUUCCGACUCCAGUCUGGUACUGAAGCCACUCGGCGGGUUCGGGUACACUGAUACGGAGAUCCGACCAGGGAGCCGGAGGGUGGUUUGCACGAGGGGGAUUAUGCGGACCAUGGAUGUAGACGUUGCGUUUGGGGAGAGGAGAGCAGAGGAUGGGAUUAGGGCGGCCACGUGGGGUUGGAGUUAG